UAAUCCUUUCAUCUUCAUGACUUCAUCAUCUCCUUCUUCAGGAUCUAACCUACCACUCUCUCUCUCUUUCAAAAUCGAAAAAUCAAAACUUUGAGAAAUUACCAAAAUACCUCCUCCAUUUCCAUGGACCCUUCCUCCUUUCUCCACCUUUCUACCGACUCUCUUGCCCCUCCGCCUUAUCAACCGCCGCCUCCUCCUCCCUCUCUUGCCCACCACCACCAUCACCACCUUCCUCCUCCACCACUGGCUUCCUCCGCCGCCACCAUCGCCAACCCUACUCCUCCCUCUGUCAAUCACAAUAACAAUCACCCUCCUUACACUGAGAUGAUAAGCUCGGCCAUCACUGCUUUGAAAGAGAAAGACGGGUCAAGCAAGCGAGCUAUCGCCAAGUAUAUUGAGAAAGUUUACGCGAAUGUUCUUCCGCCGAAUCACUCGGCCUUGUUGACUCACCACCUCAAGCGGUUGAAGAACACGGGUCAGCUUGUUAUGGUGAAGAAAUCUUACAAGCUUCCUAGAUCUGAUGAUGUUGUCGCUUCAAGUAUUCCUCCGGAAAGUAUCAAUGUGAUUUCCGAAAAUGCCACUGCUAUUGGUUCAACCCAUGGGCCUAAAGCGGGUCGGGGCCGGGGCCGGCCGCCCAAGGUUGCUACAACUACUAGUGAUAGUGUUUUGGCUUCGCUGGGGUUGGUUGAUCAGCCUAAGCGAGGGCGAGGUCGUCCGAGGAAGGGUGAUGUGGUGGUGGUGGCGGCGGCGGUGGCCCCACGUGGGCCUAUGAAGGGGAAAGGCAGGCCACCGAAGGCAAAGAAGAGGGGCCCGGGACGUCCUAAAAAGCCGAAGAGUUUGACAGGUAAAUUGGGUCCUGGCCGUCCACCUAAAGUUCAAGUUCAAGCUCAAGCACAACCUCAACCUCAAGCUCAAGAGCAGGUGCUUAAUCCUGUGGUGGUUACUUAUGAUGAUGCAAAUGCGGCAAUGACCAAUUUAGCCAGGCCUAGAGGGCGGCCAAAGAAGAUCGGCGGCACAACUAUGGCUGGUGAUGGUGCUGUGAAGCAGCGUGGCCGACCAUCGAAAAAGGGUGUGAGCAGUACUGGAAGGCCCGUUGGUCGUCCCAAGAAGAACCCAUCAGGAGCAUCAACUGAAACAGCAGGAGCUGCCGCCAUUGGAGACCUUAAAAGGAAGCUUGAACUCUUUCAAACAAAAGUCAGGCAAGCCGUCAGCGUGUUGAAGCCUCAUUUAACCAGUGAAAACCAGAUCAGUGCAUUGGCAGCAAUCCAAGAGCUAGAAGUGUUGGCAGUGAUGGACAUUAGCACCCAGUUGAAAGAUGAUACUCAAGUAGCCCAACCACCACCGCCACCAGCUCCACAACAACAUCAACAACAACAACCACAACUGCCACUGGUUUAAACUUAAGAUAAGUAAAAACUGUGAAAAAGCUUGUGAAUUUGUUGUCAUGUUUUAGGAACCUGAACCUCAUUUCCCUGGAUCAGAAAGAGUUGUAGAAGUUAUUCUAACAUAAACACAGGAAGGAAAGAGAAAAUCUGUAAAAGUAAUAGGAUGGAAUGAUGUUGCAAAUCUAACUCUCAUUGUUUGUGAAUUCUGUUUGUGUAACUUUGUAUUUGACAUUAGCUGCUUUUUUCAUCUGCUGUAUCCAGUUUUUUUAUGCAAUUUCAGUACAUUAUGAUGUUUCAA